AUGAGUCCUCUACACGUGAAGGGGAGUCGUUGGUCGCAGUGUGUAGUCCCUCCUGUGCGUGCUUUGAGGAUGUGGAGCAGGGUACCGGGUCGUCAAUCGGUUGCGAGGUGGUAUUCUGUGGGUGUGCGUGCGCGGGCAGUGAAGUCCACCCCGCGAGGGUUUAGUUGGCCCAUGGCAGUCGGGGCAGUGUCGAGUGUGGUAGGAUACGUCGCUUACAACCGGUUUUUGUCUACCGGUGGUGUCUCGCUGGAGUCGAGAUCCACCGAGCCCGUGAGCGGUGCGUUGCCCACUCUGGAACAGAUAGAGGCGAAACUGCACGCGCGGGAAAAGAGUUUCUGGAUCAACAGGAACACUGGGGUGUUCCGCUUCGAUGUCUCGCAGUUGCCCUCUAACAACCCGAUUGAGGAUAGUCACGUCGAGCAGAUUAUUGCUCUCCCCGGGGACGGCAGUCGGGACCUGUAUUUCUUCGGUAUCUUUGACGGGCACGGCGGGCCCUUUACGUCGUCAAAGUUGGCGAAGGAACUCGUACCUUACGUGCUGAAACGCAUGCUGCACAAUGGCCUGGACGCUGCGGACUCCACGUUGAGGGAUGCGUUUGUGUCGUUUGACCACGAGGUCGUCAUCGAGUCCUUCAAGAAUCUGUUCGCAGAUCCAAUGAACAGAGGGAACGUGGACAAUAUCUUGCCCGCUGUGUCCGGUUCCUGCGCCCUGUUGAGCGUCUUCGACUCGAAAACAGACUCACUCAAAGUGGCCGUCACUGGUGACUCAAGGACACUUGUCGUUGGGCAGAACGAGACGGAUGGCAAGUGGUUCGUGAAGUCGUGCACAAUCGACCAAACGGGGGACAACCCAAAGGAGGUGGAGCGUAUACAAGGAGAGCACCCUGGUGAACCAAACGUGGUGAGGAGAGGUCGUAUUCUGGGGUCUCUACAGCCGUCAAGAGCGUUUGGCGACCACAGGUACAAAGUUAAGGAGGUCGAGGGCAAGACCCUGGACAGCUUGCCCGAGCAUGUGAAACUGUACCUGCGGAGGGAGCCCAAGGAUUUCUUGACCCCGCCAUAUGUGACGGCGAGACCCGAGGUCACUACCGCUGCUAUUGCCCGGGAUAACAUCAAGUUCAUGGUCAUGGGCUCUGACGGGUUAUUCGAACUGUUGACCAACGAGGAGAUCGCAUCUCUGGUCAUAAAAUGGGCCGACAGGUACAUGCCCAACAACAAAGUAGGGGAACAACUGAGAGGUUUACCCCCCGUGGAGGACAUCUCCGCGGAGAAGGAGUCCCAGAGGCUCGCGUUCAGGUACAAGGACAAGGCCCCCGCGGGCGGUCAGGGCUUCCUUCUUCAGGACGCAAAUGUCGCUACACACUUGAUAAGAAACGCACUUAGCGCAGGCGGUAGGCCUGAGUACGUCUCCACUCUCGUGUCGAUCCCAGCACCAAUGAGCAGGAAAUACAGGGACGACCUGACCGUCACGGUGGCCUUCUUCGGCCCGGACAGCGAGUCCAUCACGCAUAACAACUCGCAGCAAGGUAUGUCCAUCAAUUACGAAGCGUCGACAAAACCUCGUGCAAACUUGUAG